AUGGCUCGUUCGAUGAUGAAAAUGUGCCGCACUCACCACCGCGCGCCGUGGACGUGGAUGCCGCCCUGGACGCGCGCGCGCGAGCCGGUGAAACCGCGGCCGUUGCGCGCCGUCUUGGACGCGUUCAAAACGCUCGAGGCGCCGCGCGCGGGGGUGCGGUGGACGGUUUUGGACAUUAUAAUCAUGAUCGUUCGCUCGGUCGUGGUGGCGUACGGCGCGCUGUUGACGCUCUCGCUCGUCUCGCCGCGGGCGCGACGCGGGGUGCGAAAGGUUCAGGACGCCGCGCGCGCGUCGGCGCACGUGGUGUUGAGCGAUGAGAAGAAGUGGAAGAAGGACGCGUCGCGCGAUCCGCGGGCGUUGCUCGCGAGCGGUUCGGUCGAGCGAAGAAAGACCGUGGUGUUCGUCCGACACGGCGAGAGCACGUGGAACGAGGUGUUUAAUCGUAAGUUUGAUCACACGUUCCCCACGAGACUGAUCGGUGGGGUGUUGCGGGAGAUGGUGAAGUUUUUUGAGCGCGACUCAUUCUUCAUCGAUUCGCCUCUGAGCGCGCUCGGCGUCGAGCAGGCGCGAGCGUUAUCCAAGCACUUUGAUGAUUUGCGUGCGAAGGGGGCGAGCGAGGACGAAGUCUUGAACGCGAUUUUAGGCGUUGGGAAGAAGAAGAGCGUGAUCGUGAGUAGUAAUCUGCGUCGCGCGGUGAACACCACGGCGAACGCGCUGUGGAGUCGGUUAUCGGCGAGCGGGUCGACGGAAAAGAUCGUCAUUCACAGCGCUUUGCAAGAGGUCGCGCGUAACGUCGAUACGUACGCGCUGGCGUCGAACAAUGGUGACGUCGUCCCCACGCCUACGCUCGCGCGCGAACUCAGGAUCCCGUCGCUCGGCGACCGCGAGCUCUUCGACGCCACGGAGAACGCCGGGCAGAAACCGCUCGGACGCAAGGGCGUGGACUCCUUCCGCGAGUUCGCGGCGUGGGUGAUGAAUCAAGAUGCCGAGGUCGUCAUCGCUGGUGGACAUUCCAUUUGGUUCCGAGAGUGGUUCCGAGAGUUCUUGCCGCGCGAUUCACAGUGCGCCGGCAAGUCGAAGAAGAUUGUCAACUGCGGCGUCGUCUCGUUCGAUUUGUGCUUCGGCCGCCAUCCCGACCACGGCGAGAUGUACGCUGUGGAUAACGUUCGCGAGAUCUACGGUGGAUUCGCCAAAUGA